AUGGAGAGUUCACAAAGAAACUUUGUUGAAAGUUGAAGCGGUACUAGAUUUUACUGCAGCUGCAUCACAAACUGUAAGUAAAUGGUUUCAUAAUGCUUUGUUUGGAAAUUACAGUUUUAUUUUGAUUCUGCUGUCAAAAUACUCACAUGCAAUAGUGAGGAGGUGGGGCAUUAAUACUGUUUCUUAUGCAAUGAUGUUAGCCAAUCAAAACAGUGGCAAGUCUUAAAGGACCCGCCCCUUUAAACAGAUCGUUUUAGACAGAGGGUCAGAAUGAGGGUUGAAAAUAGUUUUUCCACAUAUUUAUUUGUUUAUUUUUGUGCAAAAAAUGUUAUUAACAAUAUAAGUGAAACUCAAGGAACAUCUUAAAAUAAUAAUAAAAAAAUUAAACCUCUCGAUAUAUUCGAUUAUAACUUCCCACUUAUCUGAUUUAAAAUAUUUUACUCAAGUCAUCUUUCCUUGUUCUUUAACAUUAAAUGAUUUACUUUAUAAACUAAAAUUAACAGGUUUUACCUCAGAUUUAUGUUGAAGACUUCCGGUUUGCAGCUGAUAGCCUAGCAGCGAGAAGAACUGUUUGCAGUACUUGUUCAUAAUUAAGAAAAUACAUUAAAAUAAUAUAAUAAGACAAGCAAGUUUGCAAUAUCAAGCAUCUAAACCAGCUAAAAAUAGCUGAAAACUGAGGACACCUAAAGCUUCACACAUUAAAUUUACAAAUGACCGCGCUUGCUGGUAUGGGGAAAAAUAAGGUGGAUAACUAUGUUUGCCAUUUUUAGACUUGUGCACCAUUUUUUUAAAAGUAAAAAGGGUUUGCAAAUGUUCUGCACAGGCCAAUUUAAGAAUAAAUUAAUGCACACAUUUUACUGUCCAUCUUUUUCACUCUGUGUUGGAUAUUUGUACACUACUGAACAACUACUUUAAUCUGUAGCAAACAAGUAUGUGAACAUUAUGUCAAAGUUUCUUUGAUAUAAGUUCUGAGGGUCACCCUUCCACAAGCAAGACUGACCCAACAAGCUUUUGCAUAUAACGCAUCCAAUGAUUUCUAGUUGCAUCUCCCUCUCUUUCUCUCCCUCUCCUCACACGACGAGCAAGUUGCAACAGGAACUCAACUUCUUAAAGCUCAUCUCAGAAAGCUGCAUUACAAAGCAGUGCAAUCAGCGCUGAAGCUCGGCGCGACGGAGCGGGUCUUUGGAUGUGUUUUACAAUGGGUCCGGAUCUCAUCUCCACAGCCAAAAUACGGCUAAAAUCUACGUUCAACAUUGAGACGAUCUGCACGGCAAAUUCAUGUUCAAAAAAGGUGCGCCGUUUUACCUGGUAGUUUAUGAAGCUGCUUGUAAAAGCGUCAUUUCCAAGUUUAGUAGGCUACAAUGAGGAAACGCAAGGCUUGCUUUACCUUUCUGUCUACUAUUUGACGGUCCACCUUUCCUUUAUGUAACUAUGAUCUAACUGAAGGCGCUUCGCGGUGUUCGUCUGCGUUGAGACGCUCUUCGGUGCCGGAUCAGACUUUGUCUGUGACUGUGAGCAUCAUCUUGAAAGCACCUGGACGACUCAUUCAGCAGCAACAGCAUCACCAAUGGCGUGAUCACGGAUCGUUGUCUUUGCAAUGGAUGAUAAAUCCAACAAACUCCUUUUAGUUCCUGUUUUGACCGUUUUGUUUGUCAUGAUCGGCUAUCAAUAUAUUUGUCCUGCGGGCAGCACGUCCUGUCGGUUCGGCAAUGGAGAGAGUUUUCCGUUCUCCAAAUAUCCAGCAGACGUCAAGAGAGAGUCUCCGGAUCCGGACGAGGACGCUUCGUUUAGAUUCCAGUCUAAAUUCAACUUCACACGCGAGGACCUCGAACGCCACGUGGAUUUCGACAUGAAGGGGAACGACGUGAUCGUGUUCCUGCACAUCCAGAAGACCGGAGGAACGACGUUCGGAAGGCACCUGGUGCGGAACAUCCACCUGGAACGCCCGUGUGACUGCCGCUCCGGUCAGAAGAAGUGCACGUGUCACCGACCCGGUAAAGCGGAGUCGUGGCUCUUCUCGCGCUUCUCCACGGGCUGGAGUUGCGGUUUGCACGCAGACUGGACCGAGCUGACGAACUGUGUCCCUGCUGUGAUGAAUAAAAAGCAAAAGAAAGACGCGCCAUUGAACAGGCGGAACUUCUACUACAUCACCCUAUUGCGUGACCCCGUGUCGCGCUACCUGAGCGAGUGGAAACACGUGCAGCGUGGUGCCACGUGGAAGACGGCGCUGCACAUGUGCGACGGGCGUCCUCCUACUCCAGACGAGCUCCCGGCCUGCUACAGCAGUGAAGACUGGACCGGCGUGUCUCUGGAGGAGUUCAUGGCCUGUCCCUCAAACUUGGCCAACAACCGGCAGACUCGCAUGCUGGCCGAUCUCAGCCUGGUGGGCUGCUACAACCUGUCCUCCAUGAGCGAAGAACGGCGCGCCGAGCUGCUCCUCAGCAGCGCCAAGCGCAACCUACUUCGCAUGGCUUUUUUCGGCCUAACUGAGUACCAGCGUAAAACACAAUUCCUUUUUGAGAGGACGUUCGGCUUGCACUUUAUCACCGCCUUCACUCAGAUUAACGGGACGCGGGCGGCCGGGGUCACGGUUGCGACGCCCACUCGGAGACGCAUAGAGGAGUUGAACGCAUUAGACAUGCAGUUGUACGAAUAUGCACGGGAGCUUUUCUCACGCCGCGUGCAGUACUGCCACCAUCAGGAGCGGCAGGAGGAGAGGGAGAGGAAACGAGAGCAACGCAGGAGAAUGAAGGAACAGAAAGCAUCACAGAUUCAACAACAGGAUGAUGAUGAACCAAAAAACGCUGAGCAGGAAAAAAUGGAGUUAAGUGGGGUGACGGAGGACUACAGCAGUCAGGUGGUGAGGUGGUGAGGCUGUGCUCUCUGGCUAUGUUCAGAAUAACAUACUAACAUACUACUCAUACUAUCUCGGGAGUAUAUAGUAUGUGCAUAGUAUGCAGUGUGCCUACUAUACACUUAAAAAUAGGUUUUCCAAAAGGAUCGCUAUGGAAGCCUCUUUUUGGAACCUUUAUUUUUAAAGGGACAGUUCACCCAAAAAUAAAAAUUACCCCUUGAUUUACUCA